AUGUAUACAGCAGGGAAAGUUUUAAAAGUUUCAUUAAUUAAACUAUUCAUGUUCCAGUACAUUGACGCUUGGAUUCGUGACAAAGACUUGAUGGUAAAAGCAAACGACACUGGGCGUGACUUAGAACAUUGCAACGCACUUAAGAGAAAGUUCGGAUCAGACAUGCGAGUUGAUGAUCAACGAACAAAGUCAAUUAAUGUGUUGGAUGAUAAACUUGUGUUACAAGGAAAAUCUCCAGACGAGAUUAAGAAUGUUCAGCAGAAGGGAACAACAGGGAAGCCAACGAGGGGUGAUCCGGUUGGAUCCGUUAGGAUUAGUCCGAUCGUCGAGCCGGCUCAUUUGGGCGCGAGAGAGACGACGAUAUUAGUCGAGAGCGAGCCGUUGACGGAUGCGGUCGCAUCACUGAUGAUUCAAUUUUAUUUCUUACUUACAAAUCUUCACUAUCAAGGAGUCAACAUUGUUAUGUUCAGAGCUGGAUGUUCAAUUUCCGAUCCAAAACCAUUUGCAGCUGAAUUUCGUCAGCAUGCAUUAGCAUUCCCAUUUCAAUUAUAA